GUCAUUGUAGCGCACUAACCCGCCUAAGUCAAAUCCAGGCAGGUGAUUGCCCCAAUUCUAGUUUUUCGGCAUAAGCCUUUUGUCUAAGUUCUUUGUGUUAGAAGUUUUUUAAGAGUUUUGAUGCAGCAUUUGGACAAAUCAGGCGAAUCAUCUGGCUUAUCGGAUGAUGAUUAUGUCCCUUAUAUACCAGUCAAGCAACGUAAACAACAGGAGCUUACUUCACUACAGCGUGUAUUGGGUAAUCUUGCUUACACAGAAGUACCUGAGGAAGAACUAGAUCAGGCUAAUGGAGCAGAACAUAUGGAAGAAGAUGACCCAGACGGUAUAGCAAAAAAAUCAUCUGAUGACAAACAUCAUGGACCUAAUGCUCAGGGUAGUUUAUUUGAUAGAAUGUGGGAAUUAAAACGAAAAGCUGAAGAAAGAAAAGAAACAGAACGAGAUAAAAAGUUGAAGGAAGAAGCUAAGAUUUUGGAAAGUGUUGCUGAAAAGACAGCUUUGAAAGGUGUUGCUGAACUAGCAAAAGGCAUCCAGUAUGAUAAACCAAUUCAAACCAGUUGGGUACCACCUAUAUAUAUUCGGGAACAAAGUGAAGAGAAGUCUGAGGAAAUCCGCAAAAAGUUUCGAAUUUUAACUGAAGGUGACGAUGUACCUGCUCCAAUUCGACAUUUUGGUGAAAUGUGUUUUCCAAGGGCUUUGAUUGACAUAUUAAAAGUGCGAGGAAUAAAAAAGCCUACACCGAUUCAAAUGCAAGGUCUACCAGCUGUAUUAAGUGGCCGAGAUAUGAUUGGAAUCGCAUUCACCGGUUCCGGGAAAACAAUGGUGUUCUCAAUACCAAUUAUAUUAUUUUCUAUGGAUCAAGAACAAAAAAUUCCAUUUAUUCAGAAUGAGGGACCUUACGGUUUAGUUUUAGGCCCAUCUGGACAACGUCAAACACUUUUAUUCUCUGCUACUAUGCCAAAAAAAAUACAAAAUUUUGCUAAAUCAGCCUUGGUAAAACCUGUCACUGUUAAUGUUGGUCGAGCUGGUGCAGCUAGUAUGAAUGUUACUCAAGAAGUGGAAUAUGUGAAACAUGAAGCGAAAAUCCCUCAUUUACUUAGUGCUUUACAGAAAACUCCACCUCCUGUGAUUAUAUUUGCUGAGCGUAAACAAGAUGUAGAUGCUAUACAUGAAUAUCUUCUUUUAAAAGGUGUUGAAGCAGUAAGUAUUCACGGUGGCAAAGAUCAAGAUGAACGUGUAUCAGCUGUGACAGAAUUUCGAGCACAUCAUCGUGAUGUUUUAGUUGCUACAGAUGUAGCUAGUAAAGGUUUAGAUUUUCCAGAAAUAAAUCAUGUAAUCAAUUAUGAUAUGCCUGAAGAUAUUGAGAAUUAUGUCCAUCGUAUCGGUCGUACCGGUCGUGGUCAUCAACGAGGUUUAGCUACAACAUUUAUCAAUAAAUCAGUGGAUGAAUCUACUUUAUUAGAUUUAAAACAUUUGCUAAUAGAAGCUAAUCAACCUGUACCAGAAUUUCUUGUUGAAUUGGCAUCAGCUACUGAAGCUGAACUUGAAAUGGGCGGUGAAGUUGGUUGUGCUUAUUGUGGUGGUUUAGGUCAUCGUAUAACACAUUGUCCAAAAUUGGAAGCUAUGCAAAAUAAAGCUGCUAUUAAUCUUGGUCGUAAAGAUUUCUUAUCUUCUGCAGAUUAUUGACAAAUUAUUAUUAUUAUUAUUAUUACUAUUGUUAUCUCAUCGACUGAAUA